GUCACUGUCAGCCAUCUUGAGUUGCAAAACAAAGUUGAGUGGAGUGUUGUUUCCCGGUGGACAUAAUUUUGUCGAUGGCAAACUCAAAUGCAGAAAAACCGGAAAGGUCCGGUGUGAUUCUAGUUCACGGAAUCGAGCCCUUGGUUUUUACGGAUCAGGAGAAGGCGAUAACUCCGGUGACCAGUCAGAACCGCUUCGGUGGUGAAUGCCGCAGAAGAGUCAAUUUUGCCCAUCUCUCAACGUGGAACCGAUUUUCUAACCAUUCGUUCAGACGUGCCAGUGUGGGAAGGAAAACCGGUGGUUGUAGCCUGCAGCCGAGGCCAGAGGCAAGGGUGAGCAAGGGCCCGGCCCAGAUUACAAACAUCGACGGAUUUGGAGUGACGUAGCGCGCGGUGGUGGUGUCAUGGUGUGACAAAAUCCGUUCGAUGAUCAUGCCGGUCUGACGUCACUUCUCAAAGUUUGACCGGGCUCAAGGUUUGUCGAGAAGCAUCGGAAGAAGCCGGAUCCUGAAGGUAGCUUUGUGUUGGAUUGAACAACGUCGUCUCCGGUCGAUUGCUAGAAGUCAGAUGAUGUCGGUGAAAAAUCCGUUUUCGGCGAUAACAAUCGAGCUUACUC